CCGAGAUAAUGUGCCACUUGUACUGUCAAAUUUCCAGUCUACGAACACGUAUUGCAGCAGUGUCAGUAUAAGUCAAGGGAUUUCUUGCAACACCGGCAUUUCCUCAUAGCUAGUUGCCUUUGUCUACUUCGAUGUCUUCUCGGAAGGAAGGUGGGCCCAGCCGGAGCCGCGACCUGCGCUCACAUUCUCAGAUAGAGAGCCCGCUAUGCCAUUUCUUCAAGAUAGUCUUCCCUAGCACACUGAAAGACAAGAAGCUGAGAAUUCCAAGGAAGUUUGUGGAGAAAUUUGGGGAAGGGCUCUCUGAUAUUGCUAAAGUUGCUGUCCCCAGUGGUAAUGAAUGGCAAGUAGGAAUAACAAAAGAGCAUAACAACAUUUGGUUUGAUGAGGGAUGGCAAAAGUUUGUAGAGCAUCAUUCUAUUGGUUCUGGUUAUCUUGUAGUCUUUCGAUAUAGAGGUGACUCCAAUUUCAGUGUUCUUAUAUUUGAUAUGACUGCUUGUGAAAUUCAGUAUCGACGUAUGAGACCAACUGGAGGUGAGGGGAUGAAUGAUGCUGAAAAAUGCUCAUUCUAUGAUGAAGAUGAAAUGAAAGAUGAAGGCUCUGUUGAAAGCUUGGAUACCCAUUAUUGUCGUGCUCUGAAAAGUAGAGUUUUCAAUCUAAAUGCUAGAGAGGGGGGUUCAAGCAAAGGGCACGGUCCAUCAUCAGAGACAACUGUAAGGAAAGAGUAUCUUGAGAUGACCGAUAUAGAUGAUACUAGUGAAUCAAGAAGAGGGAAGUCGUUGAAGAAACAUAGAAUGACUGCUCCCCAUGGAGAAACCAAAGCCAAGAAAAGCAAAUCAAAAUCUAGACUUGGUGAAAACGAGUUGUUGCCAGAAUGCGAAGCUAUAGAAUUUGUUCCUCGGGGGUUUGCAAAGGCAUCGGAAAAAAGCAAGAGGGCAAUUCAUGCUGCCAGAAUGUUCAAGCCUAAAAGUCCAUCUUUCAUGGUUAUGUUGAGGCGAUAUAAUUUCUAUAACCAUUUUUUGUACGUGCCACUUGAAUUUGCUCAAAGACAUUUGAGCGAUGCUCCUCGGUGUAUUAAACUUCAAGUUUCUGACGGAAGAGAGUGGCCUAUACAAAUCAAUAGAAACCAAUGUCGCUAUUUGAGUAUCUCAAAAGGAUGGAAUGAAUUUUCCCAGGAAAAUAAUCUGAUGGAAGGAGAUGUAUGUGUCUUUGAGCUAAUCAACAAGGAGAAAUUCGUGCUGAAAGUCGCAAUUUUUCGUGAACUUGAAGACAAUGUGCCUUCGGAUUAAAUUGAGGAUCGAGGUUUGAUUGGUUAGUUUGUCAGAGGGCAGCUUACUGAAUGGCAUCUUGUUUAGGACUUCAACUAGUCGGAACUAUAGCUAUAAGCAACAAGUUUUCUGGUUUCUAUACUUUCAUACCUAUGCAGUUGAAGGCACACAACAGCAGGAAAUGGAAGGAAAACCUGACGCGCACAGCAUCAGCAAAUUCUGUUCUUUGAAUUUCUUUUGUUGUUUUGUAAUGUAUAAAUGUAGAUCAUAACCUUGUGUAAAGUUCGCUUGCUAAACGAACUCACUCUGCUGAUGUAUAAUAUUCUGCAGCUUGUUCCUUUGUAAAGAGGAAAUUA